UCCCGGGUGGGUGCAGUAGGGGGUUUGAAUUGUUUGUUGCUGCCCGUGCCCGGUAAAAGGUUAUCGGAGGCGGAAGGCAAACUUUUAAAAUGAGCCCCUAGAAGCGCGCAGAGGUGCACAGAAGAGGGGCUGCGGGCUGGGGGGCGCGGACUCGGGUUGUCCGUGGAGGGGACGCAGCCAGCGAGGGCGCUUCGCAGGGCGUGGGGGGAUUAGUGCGGGCGAGAGGAGGAGGAGCCGCCCGACGACUUGCUUUUCUCUUCCCCACCCGCCGCCUUCCCGAAGGGGAGCGGGGGAAGGGGAGCGGGGCAGCGGGCUACUCCCCGCCCAGUUGGGGGCAGCAGCGGGCGAGAAGAAGGGAGAGACUGGAAAGGUGCCCGGUGGCAGUUGCAUCCCUCCAGGCCCCCCCGAGUAGGCCCUGCGCCCGCCAGCCAACCAGCCCUGCCCACGACCGCGAACUCCGCCUCGGAGGAGAGGCAGGGCCGAGCGCCAGCGCUUUCUCCUCCCUCCCUCGCUGGGCUGGCUGGAAUGUAGGGCAAAGGUGAGAGCGAAGGGGAGGAACGGAGCAGGAGAAGGCGGCGUCGCCUCCCUCCGUAGAGCAGCGCAACCCAGUCCAGCGGCAGCCGGUGUUGCGAAGGGAGAGGGACGGACGACGACGACCGCCGCCACCACCUCAGCAACCAGCGACAGCUUGGGAGAUCAAGAUCAUGGAAAACCAAGUGAGUGAUUCUUCUGAAGAACAUACGUUUCAGUAUCAGAAUUCUCUUCCUUCGUUGCCAGUUCCUGCUCUUGAUGAAUCUUUAAAGAAAUACCUCGAUUCAGUGAGACCUUUCCUAAAUCAAGAAGAAUAUAAAAAAACUGAGGACAUAGUGAAAAAAUUUGAGAAUGGGAUUGGGAAGCAGCUGCAUCAAAAAUUAAUUGAAAGAGCGAAAGUGAAGAGGAAUUGGCUGGAGGAAUGGUGGCUGAAUGUGGCCUAUCUUAAUGCCCGUAUUCCAACACAAAUCUAUUAUAAUUUUGGAGGGCCGGGCCCUUACCUUGAACACUACUGGCCAGUGAAAGAAGGGACUCAAAUAGAAAGAGGAUGCAUGAGUGUGUGGCAUACCUUGAAAUUCUGGGAACUAAUGAGAACGGAAAAGUUGCCUGUACAUAAAUCUGGUAAUAUGCCUCUGGACAUGGAUCAGUUUCGCAUGCUGUUUUGCACUUGCAAGAUUCCAGGAAUUACACAAGAUUCAAUUGUCAAUUAUUUCAGGACAGAGAGUGAAGGUGAAUGUCCAUCUCAUUUGGUAGUGUUGUGUCGAGGUCGAAUUUUUGAAUUUGAUGCAGUGCAUGAUGGUCAUAUGCUGAGUCCACCAGAGAUUUUCAGGCAACUUGCAUACAUUCAAACGAGGUGUCAGCAUGAGCCGGAGGGGCCAGGACUGGCUGCCUUAACAUCUGAAGAGAGAACUCAGUGGGCAAAGACACGUGACUAUCUUAUUAACCUUGAUCCCAGGAACCUGUCCUUGUUGGAAAAAAUACAGAGUAGCUUGUUUGUAAUCUGCCUAGAUGAAUCAAGUCCUCAAGCUACACCUGAGGAUUAUACAGAGAUCACCAAGUUGACACUAACGGGAGAUCCAACGAUACGCUGGGGAGACAAAUCAUACAACUGCAUUGCAUUCUCAAAUGGAGCACUUGGCUCCAACUGUGAUCAUUCUCCUUUUGAUGCCAUGGUUUUGGUAGUCCUCUGUUCUUACAUUGAUGUCAAAGUCGUUGAAUCAGAGGGGAGAUGGAAGGGAUCAGACAAAGUCCGGGAUAUCCCCUGGCCAGAGGAACUUGUUUUCAAAUUGAAUCAGAAAGUGCUAAAUGACAUAGCUAAUGCUAAGGAAAAGUAUAACCAGAAGGUAUCUGAUUUACAAGUGGUGAAUUAUGCCUUCACAUCUUUUGGUAAAGCACUGAUCAAGAAGAAGCAGCUUCAUCCAGAUACAUUUGUUCAGCUUGGUCUCCAGUUGGCUUAUUAUAAAAUUCAUGGACGCCCAGGUUGCUGCUACGAAACUGCUAUGACCAGGCGUUUUUACCAUGGCCGGACAGAGACUAUGAGACCUUGCACCCUGGAAGCAGCUGAAUGGUGCAAAAGCAUGCUAGAUCCAGGCUUUACUCCCAGCCAACAACUGCAACUUAUGUUGAAGGCAUUUGCAAAGCACAAUAAACUGAUGAAAGAGUGUGAAAAUGGAAAAGGAUUUGACCGUCAUCUGUUGGGCCUCCUGCUUUUGGCAGAAGAGCAUGGCCUCCCUGUGCCAGAAUUCUUCUCAGAUCCUGCUUAUUCUAGAAGUGGGGGAGGUGGAAACUUUGUGCUUUCAACUAGCCUGGUAGGCUACACAAGAGUAGGAGGAGCUGUGGUUCCUAUGGUGCACCAUGGUUACGGCUUUUUCUAUAGAAUUAGAGAUGACAGGAUUGUUGUGGCCUGCACUACCUGGAACUCAUGCCCAGAGACAGAUGCAGGAGAUCUGUGUAAGAAUCUGUUCCAGUCUUUUCACGACAUGAUCAAAUUAACAACCACAGCCCAGCUGUAAAGAUACUGAAACGAUAGUGCCUUUAUUCCAAUGUGCAUUACCAUGUAUAUGAGCCCUUGUAGAAUGAAAUGCUAGCCACGAGGGGUGUCUUAUUGGACAAGAUACUUGAUGAUAUAGCACAAAACUAAGCAGAAAUAAGGCAACAAAUUUUUAAUGAUUUACUGCAAUAACAAUGCAAUUUUCCUGGAAUAUGUCUGCAAUAGCAAUGCACAAUAUAACAGACUCUCACUAGAAACUAUGCAAUGUUAAACUAAGCCUCAGCAAUGCAAGCAGGAGUGAAUUGGAAGCUUAAACAGCUUAGGUGAUCUUGUUCUUGUAACAUUUCUAGUGAUAGCCGGUUCAAGAAGGUGAAAUUCAGAUGACACUAUAUCAAUGGUACACAUAAUAUGUACCGUAGAGUAACCAUUGCAGGGAUCGUGGUUCCUUUCUAGGUGGGAUGCAUGUAAUGGCAUUUAACUGCUAGCUUCCGAAGUAAUCAAGAAGGUAGUGGAAUGGGGAAUAUUUGUUUUAUGUACAUUGUAGCUGCUGUCUUCCAUUUUACACAACAGUUUGUUGUAACUCUUACAAACAAAGACUUUUGAAUACAAAAGGAGAAAAUGCUAUGGCUUGAGAACUUUGUUUCAAAUCUUAUUUUGCUUUUCCAAACAAUGCAGCAAGUGAAAUGAUACUCGAACGUUUACAAAAUAUAACAUGGUGAUUAGAAAUUAUGUAUGCCACUGCUACUUCACAUGUAGCUUGAUAAAAUUCUCAGGACUUCAGACCUUCUUAAAGCGGGGGAGACGGGUCUGUUUUAUCAAUUCUGUAAUUUCCUUUCUUUGAAAUAAAGCCACCUCAAAAGA